GUCUAUUUCAUUUGCUCUCUGCUCCAGUCUUCUCCAGGUUCUGCACUGGUUGCAGGAAUAUGGAGGUUACAACCAGGUUGACAUGGAUACAGGAAAAGGUUCUGGAGAAACUACUUGGGAAUACAUCGUUGACUCUUCUCUAUAAGUCUGGAGUUCAUGAAUUAUGCACUCUUGAUAUGACCAAGAGAUGUUCUCAUCAGGGUUCCACAAUGACAGUAGUUCACUUGGAGCAAGAUGUUAUGGGUAUUUUUAUGCUGGAACACUUUCCCGUUUUACAUUCAGAAAAGCUAGGCACUUGUGUUUUGUUUGCAUUUAAAAAUAGUGACAGCGCUGAAAUAUCAGCUCUAUUUUUUAAUGCACAGGUAGAAAUCAAUGCUUCACAGCUGAAAUUUUUAUUACUCGAUCACCGUGGUUUGUCUAUCACCGUGACGCCAAGCAAACACAAACUUCAUAUGAACAGUGAAGUGAUGCAAAAACUAAAGCUUAAUCUUAAGAGCGUCUCUGAAUAUUUGGAGUGUGAAAUUUUUCGAGUUGAUGGUAUUAAGGAUGAUCCUGGCUUCAUAAAGAAGAUGGUGAACGUCAAACAGCACAGAAAAAGGUUCCUGUCUGCUCUCAGAGCCUACAAGCCCAGUGGAGAUGAGGUUUCAGAAGUCUGCAUUCUCUUGGUGGGCCCUGUGGGUUCUGGGAAGUCCAGCUUUUUCAACUCAGUGAAGUCUGCUUUCUAUUGUCACUAUACUCACCAGGCUGCAGUGGGGUCUGAUGACACCAGCAUUACCAAACAGUACAGGAUAUAUUCUGUUAAAGAUGGAGAAGGUGGGGAAACUCUCCCAUUUAUGUUGUGUGAUUCAAUGGGUCUGGAUGAGAGGGACGAAGCAGGACUAUGCAUAGAUGAUAUACCUCAUAUCUUAAAAGGCUGUGUACCAGACAGGUAUCAGUUCGAUCCAUGUAAGCCCAUUAAGCCAAGGCACUUCACCUACGCCAAGCCUCCACCACUGAAGGACAGGAUUCACUGUGUGGCUUAUGUCUUAAACAUCAACUCUGUUAACACACUGUCUGAUAAAAUGGUGGCAAAGCUCAAAAAAAUUCACAAAGACGUAGUAGACUGUGGUGUAGGACAAGUAGCCCUGCUUACCAACGUGGAUAACUGUGACGAAGUUCUUGAUGACUGUUUUUUAAACAUGACAGAAAGUGUGACUUCUCAAAGCCAGGUGAAGAAAGUGCAAAACAUGUUCAAUAUUCCUAUAGCUAAUAUCCUGAUGGUUAGUAAUUACGCUUCAGAGCGAGUGACGAACCCUAUGAAGGAUGCUCUGAUCUUCGCUGCACUUAGACAGAUGUUGCGGGCUGCAGAUGACUACUUAGAAGACCUGCCUCUUGAGGAAACUAGUAACCUGGCUCCUCUCUAAGGCUCCCAGGAAACCAUCAGCUGUCCUUCAAUGGGUGGUGGGACACACUUACUUAGUCCUGAGCUGUUCUGUGCUCAUUCCUGCUUUUGCUUGUUUUUGGAGGAAUGUGAGGAAUGGCACAAUCUUCUGGUACAUUAGUUACCCCUUUUAACCCAAACCUGAAUUGCCCUAAAGAGAGUUUGUCUACUAACAGCCUCUUUGAGACUCUGCCUUUGUUAAUUGCACUGUUCUGUUUUUUUUGUUUGUUUGCUUGUUUCUUUGUUUUUGUUUUUUUUUAUUAACAGCAUCAGCUAAUGGCUCCUUCAACAGCUAGCCAUGUAUCAAAAAAUGAAGAUGAAGCCUGAGAAGUAGAGAGGAAGGAGAUGACCCACCACAAAUGAGCUUCCAAAUGCCUGUACCCACUACAGUUUAAUAUUUUGAUGUCUCUGCUUUUACUUCUCUAGCACAUUAUGCAAUUCUAUGAAUAACUAAUCAAUCACACAGUGAUUACAAAUUAUAGAUAUCUGCUAUUCUAAAUAGGCUUUGGUACAGCACAAGGUCGGAAGCAUUAAGAAUACUCACAGUGACUCUUCUGUAACACUUUCUCUAGUCUGAUGGUAUUUAUUUAGGCUUUUAAUCCUUAUGGAUGGAAAGAAACAAAGAGUAAGGUAAACUGCUGGAAAGAGAAUGGGAAAAUAAGGAUGGACAGGGUAUUACUUAUCUCUGUUUGAAAACAUGAAUGCUUCUAAACAAAUUUAAAUUAAUUAAAAAGAGCCGAUAUUUGUUAUUUGCUGAUACAUCGAAGUUUUAAUUUCAUGAAAUAAAGUUUCUUCCUGUAAUAUU